CAAAGUUGCGUGAUACGCUGUGCAGUGGGAGGAGGGUUUGUGUGAAGUCAAGAGAAGGUAUUAGCGAGAUUCCUGUCAACAAACUCACAGAGAGUGUGAUUUAUCACGUUUAUUAAAUGGACAUCUCAUGACAGAAGCCUUUUUGCCUCAAGGAAAUUGCUCAUUCUGAAGAAACAGGAUAAAUGUCAUCUGAGCUUUGACCCCUGGAUCCUCCAGCUAAAACCCUAAUUUAUGUUUUGUGGAGAGACCAUGACUACUGUCAACAUCACCAGAGAUAUUCUGCACAGGCAGAUCAGGGACAAGAGAGCGUCAGGUUUCCAGAGGAUCUAUCAUGUGACUGAUCCCUUCAUCAAGAGGCUUGGACUAGAGGCUGAGCUUCAGGGCCAUACUGGCUGUGUGAACUGUUUGGAGUGGAAUGAACGUGGAGAUCUUCUGGCCUCAGGCUCAGAUGAUCAACAUGCCAUCAUCUGGGAUCCAUUCAGACACAAAAAGCUUACAACUAUGCACACAGGUCAUGCAGCAAACAUAUUCUCUGUAAAGUUCCUCCCUCACUCUGGCGACAGAAUUCUGGUCACAGGUGCAGCUGAUACAAAGGUCCAUGUGCACGACCUGACAGUGAAGGAAACCAUCCACAUGUUUUCUGAUCAUACCAACAGAGUCAAACGCAUCGCCACUGCACCUAUGUGGCCCAACACCUUCUGGAGUGCUGCAGAGGAUGGUAUCAUCAGACAGUACGACUUGAGGCAGAACAGCAUCCACUCUGAGGUUCUCAUCGACCUGACAGAGUUCUGUGGUCAGCUGGUCGAGGCCAAGUGUUUAGCUGUCAACCCACGGGACAACAAUUACCUGGCUGUGGGGGCCAAUGGGCCAUUUGUACGCCUCUAUGACAUCAGGAUGAUUCACAACCAUAGGAAAUCUAUGAGCCAGAGCACAUCAGCAGCUGUGCACACAUUUUGUGAAAGGCAAAAGCCCAUCCCAGAUGGAGCAGGGCAGUAUUAUGUUGCAGGGCACCUGCCUGUUAAACUCCCAGACUACAAUAGCCGCCUGAGGGUGCUGGUAGCCACUUAUGUCACCUUCAGUCCAGAUGGCACUGAGCUGCUUGUUAACAUGGGUGGGGAACAGGUGUAUCUGUUUGACCUGACAUUUAAACAGAGGCCAUACACCUUCUUACUUCCAAAGUGCCAAACAUCAACAGAUGUACAGAAUGGAAAGACAACUAAUGGUGUUUCCAAUGGCAUUCAUUUGCCAACCAGCCAUAUCCGAUUUGCUGGAAGCAAGAUGCGCUCCAGUUUGACUGAGCUCCCUCCUCACUUGGAGAAGAUAAAGCAACAAGCAAAUGAUGCAUUUGCACGGCAGCAGUGGACACAGGCCAUCCAGCUGUACAGUUUAGGCAUUCAUCAGGCCAGCUGUAAUGCCAUGCUGUAUGGGAACCGGGCUGCCGCCUACAUGAAACGCAAGUGGGAUGGUGACCAUUAUGAUGCCCUCAGGGACUGCCUGAAGGCUCUCACUCUAAACCCAGGCCAUCUCAAGGCUCAUUUCAGGCUGGCACGGUGUUUGUUUGAGCUCAAGUAUGUGGCUGAAGCUCUGGAGUGUCUAGAUGACUUUAAAGGAAAGUUUCCAGAGCAGGCGCACAGUAGUGCCUGUGAUGCCCUGGAUAAGGACAUCAAAGCUGCUCUCUUCUCCAAGACAGAAUCAGCAGCAGAAGAUAAGAAGACCAACAGCUCCAUUCGAUUCCACUCAUUCAGUCGGAAGGAGUCAAUUCCUGAAGAUGAGGUGGUGCUGAGAGAACGGAGCUUUGACUACAAGCAUCGAUACUGUGGUCACUGCAACACCACCACUGACAUCAAAGAGGCCAACUUUUUCGGAAGUAAAGGCCAGUACAUUGUUAGUGGCUCAGACGACGGUUCCUUCUUCAUCUGGGAAAAGGAGACGACUAAUCUAGUGAGGAUCCUGCAGGGAGAUGAGUCUAUAGUAAACUGCCUGCAGCCACACCCCAGCUACUGCUUCCUGGCCACCAGUGGUAUCGAUCCUGUCGUCCGAUUAUGGAACCCAAGACCUGAGACAGAAACUGAAAAUGGCCGUGUCGUAGAGGACAUGGAGGGUGCUGCUCAGGCCAACCAGCGGCGUAUGAACGCUGAUCCCUUGGAGGUAAUGCUGCUGAACAUGGGCUAUCGCAUCACAGGCCUGCGUGGUGUUGGCCCAGAUGGUUCAGAUGAUGAAGACAGCUCAGAGGGACAAGUACAGUGUCGGCCGAGCUAAACAAAGUGUCAGCCAUUCGGUAGAAUGGAAGUAGGAACGAAGCACUCUCCCAGCUCCUGUUUGAAUCUUAAUUUCCCCCUACCAGACAGAAACAUUGAGUGAAUGUCAUGUCACAUUUCUGCACUAUGCAUCGCCCUCCCCUGUCCUAAGAGAGGACAGGUGGAGACCAGUUUGGGGAGAGAAAUUCAUGGAGGGUGGAGUAAAACACCCAUCUCACCCCUUCAAAGCACCAACAACACCUCAGUGUCUCCCUCCACCGAGUGGUGGUUGGGGGAACCUCUGUGAGGAGAGCACCUUCCACGUCACUCCCCAGUUUCUCACAGAGAAGGAGGAGUUCAGCACUUACCCUCCUCAGGUUUAUGUUGGAGAGACGCAACAUGUAGAAGGUGACGCUGGCAGUUUGGUGACCUAUUUUCAGGUCCGUGUGGUCACACAGUCUCUGCGUCCUCCAUGGAGGAUCAGAUCACAGACCAGAAGACAGUGCUCGGCUGCAUUUCCUGUCUGCUCUACAGGUGGAGCAAAGAGUCACAGUGUCCGCUCAUCUCAGAAAGUCUGCACAACCCAAGUCAAGGAUUCUGACUUAGACCUGAUCAUAUUUCAGUUGGAGGUUUGGUCGCAGGAUGUCCAGAUUUAAGUGUCCAAUAAAUUGUGUUGAUGAGUUUUGUUUAGUUUAUACAUGUCGGGGGGG